GUAAGACCAAAGAAAACCAUAUACUCUUUUAAGUCAAAACCCUUUAAUUUCUUCUCUACAAAUACCCCCAUUACUUCUUUUACUUCUCUAUUAUCUCUACAACCUCUAGCUUUCUAUACAUUGUUCUUUGUACUGUAAGACAAAAAAUGGGAAGCAAGUUUUUCAUAAAUGAUAAUCAAGAUGUGCUGAUAGAGAUAUUGAAGAGGCUCGACGGUCGUUCCUUAGGAGUUGCUGCAUGUGUAUGUAAACAAUGGUGCGCCAUCACUCAAGACGAUUCCCUGUGGGAGCACCUCUGCUUUCGCCACGUGUCGCCGCCGCCGGAGGGAGUGAGGACGGUGGUUUUGGCGCUCGGAGGGUACCGGCGGCUGUACAUGGUGUGUGUUAGGCCAGUGUUGAAUCGAUUGCGAAAGUGGAAACCAAUAGGAGUGGAUCAGUCAGCUUCUGAUUCGGAGGUUGUGAGGAGAGUUUAUUGGACGCGCCAUGAAGUGGAGUUGUCGUUAUCUUUGUUUUGUGUGGAUUAUUAUGAAAGGUUUUUGUUCGGCGGCGGCGGUGGAGGUGGUGGUGGUGGAGGAGGAGGAAGACACGGCGGCGACGCUGCGUGCACAUCGUCGCUCAUGUUCCUUUGCAACGCCGUGAAUGUUUGAAAAUGUUCAAAUUUGGAGCUGAAUGAAGAUUAUUGAAGCCUAGCCUUAUUAUUAUUCUUUUAUGUUAAUUAUCUUUUCUUCUUCUACUUCUUCUUCUUCUCCUGUUGGUAAUUGUAAUUUCUACUAUAUGGUGAUAUUUAAUAUAAUUACUCCUAAUUAAUAUUU